UUCCCAGGGCGUUUUGUUUGUGCGAACUCGGCCGGCGGAGCCCGGGAUCGCGCUGCCGGCGUGGCGGCUGUGCCUGUGCGCCUCGCCCCGCUCCUCCUCCUUCCAGCCUGGGCAGCUCCGCUCCCUCCCCGAGAGGCGCCAAAUGGCUACCCAGUAACCUCGCGGGGCGGGGGCUGCAGCGCCGCCUCCUGCCGCCACCGCUCCCGGCGGCCGCUAGACCCGGCGGCGGCGCUGCCCGCGGGCGGGGAGCCGGGCCCGCAGGUGGAAGCGCGCCCUGAAGGCGGGCGGGCGGGUCCCGGGCUGGGGGCGGCUCGGGCGGGCUCUUGUGCAGCCAGCCCCGCUUGGGCCUCGGGGAAACGUGCGUCCCGCCCUGACCCGCCGGCCUCUCCUACUCCAGCAGUGACGCGCUGCCUCGGAGCCAGAGCCCGCGCAGCGCCCUUCAAGGCGAUGGACGGCCGAGCCCCGCGCGUGCAGGACGCUCCGGCGGCGCUCCCGCCGGCCGCACCCGCAGGGAGAAAACCAAAAGCCAAGGCACCACUUCCUCCAGCUGAGACCAAAUGCCUUGAUGCCUCUUCAGUUGAUGAUUCCGUAGAAUCUUCUGCUUUUAUCAUGGAUCAGAAAGAGAACAUGAUGGAUAAAGACAUUGAACUCUUGGUGGUUCUACCUGGAGAUAUUAUCAAGUCUACUACUGUUAAUGGCAGUAAACCUAUGAUGGACUUGUUGAUUUUCCUCUGUGCACAAUAUCACUUAAAUCCAUCAAGUCACACAAUUGAUCUGCUCUCAGCUGAAAAGAACCCCAUUAAAUUUAAGCCAAACACACCAAUAGGAAUGUUGGAGGUGGAGAAAGUAAUUUUAAAGCCAAAAACUCUGGAUAAGAAAAAACCUACACCUCUAAUACCAGAGAAAACUGUGAGAGUAGUGAUCAAUUUUAAGAAAACGCAGAAGACAAUAGUGAGAGUUAGCCCACACGCACCACUUCAAGAACUUCUCACCAUUAUAUGCAGCAAAUGUGAGUUUGAUCCAUUACACACACAGUUGCUGAAGGACUAUCAGUCUCAGGAGCCCCUUGACUUGACGAAAUCUCUUAAUGAACUGGGACUGAGAGAAUUAUAUGCCAUUGAUGUCAGCAAAGCCACUUCUGUUACUGCCUUCAAUAAGUCAUCUUUACAAGAGUCCUGCCAAAUAUCACAAAACCUAGACCUUAUGAAGGAUAAAGAAAGUAAAGGGUUUUUCAGCUUAUUUCAACGCAGUAAGAAAAAGCGGGAGCAAACUGUCAGCGCCCCUGCGACUCCUCUAGUAAGUAAGCACCGGCCAACUUUUACAAAGAGCAAUACCAUUUCCAAGCAGUAUAUUUCAAACACCCUGCCGUCGGAUGCCCCCAAGAAGAGGCGUGCUCCACUGCCUCCAAUGCCAGGGCCUCAGAGUGCCCCCCAGGACCCUGCGCACAUUCAGGAGAGGCCAGCUUCUUGUAUGGUGAAAUCCCCGAGUGUGGAUGAAACAGAGGAGAGUUCCUAUGGAGCAGGCAGGGUGAGGACGGGUUCUCUGCAGCUCAGCAGCACAUCUGCUGGGAAUUCAUCUUUGAAAAGGACAAAGCGAAAAGCACCUUCCCCGCCCUCGACAACAGUCCUGCUGCAAAGCAAUGAGAACAGUCAUGUGACCGCCACACAGUCAGUACCUGCAGUUCCUACCGACAGUGGUGUAGAAGUGAGCUCUUCUGAGGGCCUGUCCAGCCCAGAAGCCUCCCUCGGCCCUGGGAACGAACAGUGCGCUGUGUCCCAGCUGCCCGCCGAAGCCCCUGUCUCGGGGUGCCCUGGAACGCCUGAGGCUGCUGCCACAUCUCUGCCCUCUGGAAUAAGCUCUGAUUAUAGCCUUGAAGAGAUAGAUGAAAAGGAAGAACUGAGUGAAAUGCCUAAAGAUGAGGCUGAAAAUACUUUUCUGAAGUCACAAGACAUUCCUACUGUAUCUACUGAUAUAAUAAAUACACUGAAAAAUGAUCCUGACUCAGCCCCUGGCAGUGCUACUGGAGAGUCCUCACAAAACUCCAAAGAAGAAAAACAAGGAACUAGAAACACAGAUGAACAAAGGCCACACAUUGUGGUAUAUAAUUCAAGCGACAAAGAGAUGGCAGUUGACAGUGUAAGAAACUUUAAGUCACUGGACCCAAACCAAGAGAAAGCAGAUCAACAUGAAAUAAUUGUCAUUCCAAAAAACAGAGAAAAUAAUAUGAAAAAUGGAGUGAGGGGAACAGAAAUCAAUGUAGCAGGUGUUGCCAAAAAUAACAACGUGGACAUAGAAGUUGACAGACUAUCAAAUUAUCAGGCAUAUAAAACUGAUACUGCUGGAUGUUACAAAGAAAAUCGUCUUUCUGUUUCAUCAGCACCAGAUCAAAACCUGAUUCAACCCAGUGCAGAAAAGACAAAAAUGCAAGAUGCAGCAAUUCAGACAAUCCCUUCCUGUGACAGUUUUGAUGGGGAUCAGCAAGAUCAUAAUUUGUCUGACGUCAAAGUUGAUGAAAGUGUGCAAACUUCAAGUAACAACAAAUCAACUCAACGCUUAUCUUUGAAACCACAAGAUUCUGUAGAUAUCUCAGGAGAAUUCAGGAGUCAGGGCCCCCUUGUACAUACAGAGGAGCAACUCACCAUAAAAGAUCCAUCUUGUGCAGGUGGUAAUGACAAUCUUUUGCCUCCUGUAGAUGGAACUGAUAAAAAUUCAACAGCUUCUUAUGUAAAGAAUUAUCCAUUUUACAGACAAGAUUAUAUUCCCAAGCCAAAACCUUCAAAUGAAAUUACAAGAGAGUACAUACCCAAAAUUGGGAUGACUACUUAUAAAAUAGUGCCUCCCCGAUCCCUAGAAAUAUCCAGAGAUUGGGAAUCGGAAACCAUAGGGUAUAAAAAUGAUCAAGAGAUACAUACUUUAGGGAAAAAGGACACUUAUGAGAAUGUGAAAGAAACGACAAUCCAAACAGAAGAUCUCGUCAUUUCUGAAAGCCCAAAGGAGUCACAAGCAGACCUGAAAUCAAAGCCGACCCUGAGAACAGAGCAGCAGAUGCAAAGUGAGGAGAGCUUAACCCGCAGCAGAACCGCGAGUCCUCUGAAGCCUCCCAGAAUGACGAGUGACACUGGCACGGCUCCUUUUGCGCCAAAAUUGGAAGAUAUAAACAAUAUUUUGGAGUCAAAAUUUAAAUCGCGGGUUUCAAAUCCCCACUCCAAACCAAGUGCUUUUUUCUUGCAGAUGCAAAAAAGAGUUUCAGAUCACUAUGUGACAUCUGCAGCCGCCAAGAGUGUUCAAGCUGCCUCUAAUCCUGCUCCAAAGGAAUUAAUAAAGAAAGAGGUGGAAAGAGAUACAAUACCUCCUCCAGAGCCAGCUCUUUCUGCCUUAAGUAAAACUAUUCAAUCUCUUCCACAGACACACAUUCAAAACACUGAUGAUGACAGCAAUCAGAAGCCUACUGAAACCUCUCCUUCUCCUGCGGCCUCUCCGCCGCCUCCACCUCCUUCUCCUCCCGUGGCCUCCCCGCUUCCCCCUCCUCCCGUGGCAGCCCCGCUUCUCCCUCCUCCCAUGGCCUCCCCCCUUUCCCCUCCUCCCGUGGCCUCCAAACCUGUUCCUCUGCCCAAGAGUCAGUUAGCAAUGCUGAAUCUGAGAACUCUGAAGACUUUUGGUGCCCCACGACCAUACUCCAGCUCUGCUCCUUCACCAUUUGCCCUCGCUGUGGUGAAACGGUCACAGUCUUUCAGCAAAAGCCCUACAGAGUCAUGCAGUGAGGAGGUCAAGGGUGCCUCUGCCAGAACUCCAACUGAUGCAGAGAAAGGGAAGAUUCCUUCUGUAAAUACAUCUGGGAACAUGCCACAACUAGGUGUGAGUGAUAAGGAAAAUAACUCUGCGCAUAAUGAACAGAAUCCUCAAAUACCAUCUCCAACUGACUGCCCGUCGGUCACCCUUAAGAGGCAAAGUUCUGUGACAUUCCAAAGCUCUGACCCAGAACAGAUCCGACAGAGCUUGCUGACUGCAAUUCGUUCUGGAGAGGCUGCUGCCAAACUGAAAAGGGUUACAGUUCAAUCAAAUACAAUAUAUGUGAAUGGAAAGUCAAGACUCAGCCGUUCUGUGUCCCUUGAUUCCCCGGGUAACCGUUAAAUGUUGCCCUGCCAUGCCACACUUCACCACCUCUGCUGCGCAGAACAACUUCAUACUGAUGGAGAAUGUUAGCAAAUGUAUAUUGAGAUAUACACUAAUAUAUUAUCUAUUAAAGCAUAAGAAUUUGUGCUGUGACUUUUAAUGCCAAAAGAAGAAUUACCAGAAUUUAUAAUUUAUAAUAAUAAGUUUGGCCUUUUUUGCCUUAAGAACUGAAUAUGCUGCUUCAGAACUUUAAGACAAGGUGUUGAUAACUCAUUUCUUCAAAUUAGAAAUAGUCACUUUUUGUUGAUUUCAUUUAUUUUCCACUUAUUAACACAUUAUCUACAAUGGUGACUUAGACAAAAGGAUAAAUUAGGAUUCAGACUUAUUUAUGUGACACCUAAAUAGCUAGGCAAACAUAGAUCUGACAUUUGCUGCCUCAAUGUUACAGUUUAAUUGGAAAUGUUUUUAAGUUAUAUUAAAUCCUGUUUGUGCUGAAAGUUUGAUCUAGAAAACUAAUGAUAUCAAUAAGUAUAUUCAGUUUAACAGUUAAUUUCAGUGAUGAAUCACUUAGUGUGCAGGUCUUAUCUUGCACAUUCUUUAUGUAAUUACAAAGUCAGUGUCAAGUUUAUCAAAAAGCUCAUAGUAUUUUAAUAUUUUAUUAACAUGGACACUUAAGUUUUUUAAUCUUUAGAACUUAAGUUGCCCAAGGAGAAUUUUAAAUAUUUUCUGUAUAUAAUUAUAACAUUAUUGUCACACAGAUUUUGCACAUUUUAUGUGCCAGAAGCCUUAAAAUUCUUCCUGUGAAAAUGUUGAUAUAUUGUGACAGUUAUUUCAAAUUCGAUAUGUAGAGAAGAAUAGGGGUUAGUUUAUGUCCAUAUUGGAAAACUUUAAAAGAUUACUUGGAGGUGUCAGAAAUCCUGGUUUUAAUUAUAGUGAUAAAGUCAUUAUGUAGUUCAGAAGCUAAUAUUCUAAAUAAUAUAUAUUUACAUUAAAGUUAAAAUUGUUAAGCAAAACAAUGCCUAACUUGUUGGCUUGUAACGAUUCUGGGAUCUGAAGCUUGUUGAUGUUCUGUUCCUACCUGAAGAAUUUAAUUGCUUGCUUAUUCUAAAUGCCUUGUCAAACAAACUGAUGUUACAUUAGUUACUGGGAUAUCUGCCUCUUUGGAAAAUAUGUUGAUUUUUCCCCUGUUUAAUAAAAGCAAGUUAUAUAUUUGGGAUGCUUUUUUAAAA